AUGUCGCAAGGACACACGGAGGAGCAAUUGCUGGAACUGCGGCGCAUCCUGUUACUGACCGUGUAUAAGAACACCUUGAAUCAGCUGAUCCUGCAACAGCGUUCCCAGCGUUUAAAUGCCAGAAAACCACUCAUGCUGCCCGCUUCUUUGCAAAGACGUCGCAGUUCGUCAAUGGGGGAGCAGGAAAAACCAGAACGUAUCCUUAUUACCGGAAAGGUUCUUCCCAGAUUGGAAUCCCUGCUGGGAGAGCCAGAGAACGAUGCCGAUCUGCUGGAUGAGGAUGUCCUGAAUGCCCUGAAGUUCGAAAGGGAUAUGGAUGCCCUUAGAAUGAUCUUUGAAGUGGCCAUGAAUGAUCCCGAAUUGGCUGAGAAGAAGGGAUCAGAAGGGAUAGAAGAUGUUAAGGAUCUGGACUCUGAAGAAGGGGACGCUCUGCAAAGUCCAGGGGAAGAAUUCGAAGGGGCAAGUAAGGAAAUAAUUUCUAAUGAGUAUAAAGAUAUGAAAAUCAUGAAUCUGCAAAUUAAUGAAAGGCAAAGUCCACUUGGAGAUGAACAAUUACAAGAUAUUAAGCCGCUUGUUGAUGAAGGGGACAGAGAUUUGGAAACCCUGGAAACCAAGAAAGGGGAAACAACUCCCCAGGAGGAUGAGGGUCUGGAGAAUCUUAGGAGAGCCAUCGCUGCCUUGGGUGGCAACAAAAGCGAGGAGUCGCAGGCUGCCCAACAGCUGCAGGAAUCCAAGGAUGAGCUAAAAAAACUCAAAGAAGACCUGGAAACGGAGAAGCGGACUACCAAGGAUAAGAUACAGAAUCUGGAGGAGCGCAUAGCCGAUACCAAGUACAAGCUGCGUUGUGUCUCCCGGGUCAAUGACCUCGAGUACAGUUUGGUGCAACGCUGGGAGGAGGGUCGCCUGGCCCAGGGAACCAUUUGGGGUGAGAAUGCAGAGCGUGCCUAUUUAAGGGAUAUUUUGGACAUCCGACAAAAGCUGGCACGUGAGGAGCGGGUGAGUGCCGAGCUGCGCUCCUUUCGCCAGCGGGAAAUCAUGGAAUUGCAGGCCAGGAUUAAGGAGUGGCAGGAGCGCUACGUCAGCGAAAUGCGACGGGUGGAUCGCGAGGCGGAAGCCUGGGAGCUGCGCAUCCUUGAGCAGAAGAAGCUACUGCAGCGCCAUCGCGAGAUAUUCGAGGAACGGAUGACCUAUGUCCAGGAGUACCGCGCCCAAAAGGAGGAGGAGCAGCGCCUGCUGAACCUCCAGAUUCACCGCAUCGAGUGCGCCGUCAGACUCCAGGCCUGGUGGCGCGGCACCAUGGUGAGACGCGGUCUGGGACCGUUUAAAAAGAAGCCCAAGCGCGGCAAACGAGGCAAGCCCAAGAAAUAG